AUGUCUUUCUAUAUAUCUAUUUCAUUUAUUAUCUAUCUGUCUAUCUAUCUAUCUAUCUAUCUAUCUAUAUGCCUAUCUAUCUACUAUCCUUUAUAUAUCUACCUAUACAGCCUUUUUUUAUAUCUAUAUGUCUAUAUCUAUAUUUAUCUAUCUUCUAUCUAUUAUCUAUCUAUCUUUCUAUCUAUAUAUAUAUAUCUAUCUAUACAUAUCUGUCUAUCUAUCUUUAUCUAUCCUAUCUAUCUAUCUAUCUAUAUCCUAGCUAACACAUCUUAUCUAUCUAUCUAUCUAUCUAUCUAUCUAUAUAUUCUCCCUUUUUAUAUCAUAUCUGUCUAUCUUCUAUCUAUCUAUAUCUAUCUAUCUAUCUAUCUAUCUAUAUAUCAAUAUCUAUCUAUCUAUCAUUUUUUUAUAUCUAGAUCUAGUCUGAUUUCAUUUCUAUCUAUCUAUCUAUCUAUCUAUCUAUCUAUCUUUCUAUAUAUCUAUCUAUAUCUACCUAACACAGCCCUUUUUAUAUCAGUUGUCUUUCUAGGUCUGAUUUAUUUUUAUCUAUCUAUCUAUCUAUCUAUCUAUCUAUCUAUCUAUAUAUCUAUCUAUCACAUAAAAAAAACAUAUCUGAUUUAUUUGAAAAUAUCUAUCUUUCUAUCUAUCUAUCUAUCUAUCUAUCUAUCUAUCUAUAUAUGUAUAUUAUUUUAA